UCUACGCGCCGGUGUCUGUGGAGGAGAACAGACAUGCUCACUAGUGCUAAGCAGCUUCUGUGCUCGUGUUUAGACAAACAGCGCCUCUAAGUGGACAGGCAACAGUAAACUAUGUCAUCAUGAGACAAACUCUCUACUUUUCAGGUGUCAAACUGUCCCAGCUGGAGACAGCCAACGGGUAGAAGACGGUGUGUUACGUGACAUAUUGUGGUUUUAGCGUCUUGACGAGGCUCUGAUGUUAUCUGCAGAUAACGUGAUGCUGCGGCGCUAGCAAAGAACUGCUAUCGAUAGUUAACACGCUAGCGUCCAGCAGCAGCAACAUGGUGCGACUGCAGUGAGAAAGAAAUCGUUUCCGAUUUAUUUGACCGUCCCUGUUCCCCCCCGAGAAGCUGCGGUGGGUGUUACUCUGUCAACCGUGGCCAAAGCAAUGACCUCUGUAGCAGCGACAUCCUCCGAUCCUCCGGGGCUGCGAGCAGCGGCAAGCCGAGAUGCGUGCUCCGUGAGCCCGCUGCAGAGGCUGCCUGCGGUGCCUGGAGACUCCCCGAGCCGAGUGAACGACCUGCUGCUGCUGCGGCCUCAUAUGCAAAACCAGGGGGACCCCGAACCAGAGGAGAAGAGCAGCAGGCAUGUUGUGUUUUUCCACGGAGAUAUACAGAACUUCCAAGAGGAGAUGGCCGUGCAGCCUGAGGGAGCUCUGUGGCUCUCCUGGAGUCUGGAGCAGGUGGCCUUCACUCUGGGCAGACGGUUCCCCGACCAACACGUUUGGGUGGUCAGAGCCUCACGCAUGUAUCUCCACAAGUUCAGCUGCUACCGCAACUUUGUGGAGAGCAACAUGUUCGGGGCACCAGAGUACUCACCUAACUUUGGAGCGUUUCGACAUCUCAGGGCUCUAUUGAGCAACGGCAUGGAGCGAGCCAACCUUCCAAACCCCCUCCAGCCACAAGGAGGUGCUGAUAGCAUCCCCUCAGAGUUUUCACUGAUGCUUGUUGGCUUCAGCAAAGGCUGCGUGGUGCUGAACCAGAUGUUGUACGAGCUGGGCGGGGCCCGCGAUGACCCGCAGAUGUCCCCUUUCAUUAAAUGCCUCUCUGCCAUGUACUGGUUGGACGGUGGCCACCCGGGGGGCAGUGAGACCUGGGUGACAGACAAGCGGGUGCUGAAGGAGCUCGCUGCCAGUGGGGUGUCAAUUCACGCCCAUGUAACCCCUUAUGAGGUGUGUGACCCGAUGCGGGCCUGGGUGGGCCGCGAGCAUGGACACUUCAUCAAAACCCUGGAGGAGUUUGGGGCCUGUCCGAGUAACAAGCUGCACUUUGAGGAAGAGCAGCCCUCCAUCGAGAACCACUUCAGGGUCAUCCAGGAGUUUUGAGUGUGGUUCGGAGUGGCCAUGAGCAAAUGAAGAGCACACACACACGCCUCUUUAUAGUUGUGAGGACACUCAUUGACAUAACGCAUUCCCUAGCCCCUAACCCUAACCUUAAAUGUUAGGAGCAACCAAAAUGUCCUCACGAUGAUGGUAUGGCAAAAUCGGCCCUCAUAACUAUACAUGGACACUCAUACACUUACACACAGAGAAACCGAAAAGCUGAAUGUCCGAGCAUCACUGAGCACUUUAGAUGGUUAGCUUACAGCCUUAGACUUGUUGGCUGGUUUUACCUCAGUCUUCUGGCGAUUUCAGGGUUCAGACAGAGCAUGUGAAAGAGGCUGUGGUGUUAUGUUUCCUUUCUGCUGCUUAAUGCCCUCAAUCUGAGGUGGAAUGAUCAGGUAGCCUUCCUCCGUCUCUGCUAGAAGACCUUAGAUAAAUGGAACAUUCACUGUCUUCUUUCAAGGGCUUUCCUAGAGGCUUUUGUUUUUUGUAUUAAUCCAUAUUAAUAAGCAACUUGUUAAAAAUGUAAUGCAGCUGUCGAAAGCUGAUGUGGAUGUCCAUUACGCUAAACAUGUCUUCCUCAGACUUGUUUGGUCUUCAAUGAUCCUAGAUUGUGUAGUCAACCAGUGGCCGAUGGAUGAAGCCAAGUACACAGGCAGAACAUUAAAACCGGUUCUGUCAUUCCCUCAGUGGGAAGAAUGUGUCACAGCUUUUCUGUUUGACUGUCAGGUUGCUUAGUCACCAACAUAAACAAAUCGGCUUGUCAUUGUUACUCUGAUCUUAUCGCAAAUGACACAAUCUCCCAUCAAGGUUCCUUUAGUAGUGGAGGAUGUGGAAUCUUAACGAGGUUGAUAACCAUGUGGACCUAAAGGUGAGAUUUUCGCAACUGCUGUGUUCAAGAGUCAACUUUAAAACUCCUAUGACAACAUUGUUUGACAUAUUUCCUGACUUCCUGAUGAUUAAACCUUUUUGUUUUGUCACUUUUUUCUAAAUAUCAACAAACUUAAAUUUUCUCAAUUUACUUGAUUAGAGUUGUUUCCUCACAACACAUUUUUAUGUUUUUGCCGAUAUGCAAAAUUAGCUUUAUAAAUAAAAGGUAAGAAGUAGACAGACUAAUGCUGAUGUACACAUUUGCCAAAAUAUACUCACAACAUAAUAUAUGAAAGGUAUUCAGUAAUUUGAAUUAAAUAAUUUGACCAUGCUCCCCACAGUAAUGUACAUUGCUGUAUGUAAAUUUACACAUACAUGCUAGUUGUCUGAGAUGUGAUGAGACUGCUGCUUCUGUCAGUGUUGGCAGCAUUUGUAUUAACUUGUAUGUUGUCUUCCAGCCUGUAUGUGUAAGCUUAUGUAAGCUUAUAUCUUUGCACUGUGCUGACGACCGCAGCUCAUUUCACUGAAUGUAACUUCAGGGCAUUCCAUUGUGUCUACUCGCUGUGUGUAAGCAGUGGGUUGUUUACCUACUGCACAGCCAACUGAACACACUGUGCUUCGAACCAUCUGCUUGGUGACUGGUGCACAUUGACACCAAGCCACUCUGUCCUCUACUGUCCCGUUAACGGUUAACCAGUGACGGAGCAUGAAUCACGCCUUCAGCCCUGUUGAAUCAGCAGGGUGGAGAAAUAAAGAAAAAGAACUGAAAACAAA